CAAAGGCGAUUUAUUCGUGUUGCAUUGAGAGCGGAUAAAAAAAUGCGAAGAAUAUUGCGCGUUUGUGCGUUUGUAAUAAUCGAUGUACUGUUUGCUGAACUCUGCACGUGCAUGCCGACGCCGCAGUUCUACAGCGGGAGUCCGGUGGUGGAGCUCCCUGGCGCUGCCAUCGCCGGGCGAGCCAGCCCGCGGGCCAGCGGGGGAGCGGGGAUGGUGUACGUGCUGGUUGGUUUGGUGAGCCUCCCUCUGCUGGUCACCGUGCUGUGGCUGCUGCGCCAGUUGUGGCGCAUGCUGGCCUCCUGCGCCGGCCGGGGCUGUCCCGCCAGUCGGCCCGACCACGGCCUGGAGGAGGUCGUGAUCAUACCCGCCGACCACCAGUUGCACUGCUCAGUUGCUCAGGGCGUGCCGUCUUCUAGCAGUGCCCUGCUGUGUGAUGGGCCACUAGCAUCUUCCCAACAACAACACCAGUUUUCACCUGUUUCUCUGAUGGAAGAGAUGUUGCUUGCGUCGACUCGUGAACAGAUGCAGAGUGCAUCAACACCUGGUGACACACAACUGGUGACCUGCCACCAGUCUCCUAGCCGUCACACAGUUAAGACGGAAGCAGAGGCCACAUGCGACCAGGAUCAAGAGGUGCUUUCUCCUCCGAUGCAGGAUUUGGAAGCGUUUUCUAUACCUGAUGCCUACACACAGUAUACCCAGGAGUUAGGGGUGAGUAUAAUAAUAACUAUAAUCAUCACGAGGAUAAAACCAAUGGCAAGGUAAACAUUCUCAAUGUACUUACGAGAUAAAAAUAAUAGUUUUAACAAACUAUAACAUACUCUUUCAUAUAAAAUCAACUAAAAAAUAGAAAAUAAAUUUUAAUAAAUUUGAGUUAAGAAUAGUGUAAAUAAUAAAAAAUGUAUUUUAUUGUAAAAAAAAUCAUGGGGUGCAUGGUGUCAUUAGUUAUAAAUAUGUUAUUGACAGAUAUGCGUAGAAGAAUUAUCAUUUGAUAAUAUCUUAAAAAGCACCCCACGCUUUUUUUGCAAUAAAUAAGAUUUUUUUUCUUAUUUACACUAUUCUUAACUCAAAUUUAAUAAAAUUUAUUUUCUAUUUUUUGUGGGAUUUUCUAUAAAAGAGUAAUCCUAUAUUUUAUUUUUUAUGCUAUUAUUAAUUAUCAAUUUUUUGUUGGAUUUUCUAUAAAAGCGUUUAUUUUAGUUUGUUAACUAUUAUUUAUUUUUUUUAUUUUUAGUUACUUUUCUUUAUUACAUCAAUUAUUUAUUAAAGUGAAUUUGAGUCAAUAUUGCCUGCUUUUAAAAUAAAUAUUCGAUAUAGCGUGUUGAAGAACUAUAGUACACAAUAUUUUAAAUAUCCUAAUAUGAAAAUCAAUGAUUUUAAAUAAAAUCGGGAAGUCAUUCAUGUAUAAUUCUAAGUCGGUAACUGAUCCGAGAAAUGAUCAAUUUGGGUGCCUGCUGCCUCCCUUUGAUGAGAUAGCUGGUUCUCAGGUUCCCUCAACAAAAAUUUCAUCUUAUUCAAAGUCGGUAACUUAUCCGAGAAAUAGUUGAUCGGGACGCCUGGUAGAUUCCCUUCUUGGUCUUGCGGCAAAGACACUACCAGUAAGGAAAAAAAAUCGCUAACCCUGAUUAUCCUAGUAAGGAUAAAGGGUUCAAAAUAUAGAAAUGCCAUCGGUCCUUGAUAAGUACGCCAAAUUUCGAGUUAAACCGACGUUUUGAAGGAGGACAAAAUCAUAUUCAAAUUUUCCAUUACAUACUAACAUACAUACGUAUGAAGCAAAUAAAAGCUUAUCAAAAAAGAACCAACAGGUGCCUGACAUCCCUGGAUGUAGAAUGGAAUGAUUUAUAUCCUUGGGACGCUGUGGUUGGAGAACAUUAAGAAGAUAUUGUCGGCUAACGACAAUGUGCCCCACAUUUGCACUUUUGAUGAACCUAGAUCCCAAUCCUCUACACUGAAUGAAAAGUUAGUAAACUUAAAUAAAAUAUUCGUGGCGAGGAGUCUCAGGAGACUUUUACUCUGAUGAUGAGAGCUGAAAUAUCAAACGCAACGUUGGUGAACUCUUCACUUUUAACGUAUUUAAAGCCUACGAAAUAAUUAUACUUUUUAUUGUAAUUUUAGAAGGGAAUAUAUACUUGACCCAACAAACUGUUUCGUUAACUCGACUGUUUACAUCAAACAAAGAUUUUUUUAUCAGUGAGAGUACUUGAAAUAUCUGAUAGCUACAUUUCUAUAUUCCCGAAGUGAGUUUGGUGUAACGAGGAACACAGCCAGAUAUACCAACCAGGAAUAUUUAUAGCAAUGCAUGGAAUCUUAAGAUGAUGGCACCACUAGUUUAUCACCAACGCAAUCCACUUCAGACCUCCCAGGAUCAAAUUUGGGAACUCUAUUAUGUUGUCAUCCAGGUCUCACUAUCCAUAGCCUGUCAUACCAUGGUUUUCGAUCCAAAGAUAGUCAGAUAACCGCGCUCGGAUGCGAAGAUCACUAAUUAUCGACUGCCGAAAGGCGCCGAACGGAGCUGCGUUAUUUAUUUUUUGCGAGUAGAGAAAGUGGUAUUCCACAUAUUAGUUUUACUGCGUGAUUGAUUUCAGAAUACUGGUUAAUGUUAACAAAGUUUCUUUUUGGUUAACUAGUAUUUAUAGACUUCCUGCUGAUGACUAGGCAAAUGAAAAUCAGUACCAGUACAAUUGAAAGAUGUAUUUACUUUAUUAUUUCGUUUAUUUUGGUUCUUCCUCGUCAACAACGAGGUCAUUGCAAACAGACAAACACAAUGCAAGUCAGAGAAGCAGGGGUAAGUAAUAUGCAAUGGCCUAUAGUAAAAACACAAUUCUAGGAUUUGUUUUGAAUGAUUUCAGGAAAACUUUGUAAAAACCUACAUCAGAAUUUAUGGUUUAGUAUUCAAACCCAAUUCCUCCAGAAAGCGAGUCUAUUAUUUUACCUAAGUUCCACUUUCCUCGGUACUACUUUUGAUAGAACGUUACGCAUUUGAAAAAAAAAGGCACUCUGUUAAAAAUUAUUCCAAUCCGGGGAUUAAGAAGAAGCUACAGAAAUUUUGUCAAAUUACUUGGACCGUAAGAUUUCUGUAAAAUUAAGCUAUCUUUAAUCAUUUUCGCGAUAUAUCAUACUAUCUCAUCACUUGCAAGCAGUAUCAGGUGACAUUGUUUUGCUUAUGCUUGUCACGCUGAAGUAUUUCUAGUCAGGUAAAUUUCACGCAUUAAUACGUAGCUUAAAUGGCAUUCAUAAUGGUCCACUCAGUCUAUUUCCCGGAUGUAAAGCCAAUUAUUAUUAUAUUCUUGUAAUAAUGCCUGAAAUGACAUUACUAUAAAAACAAUAGUUCGAAUGUUAUUUAACAUUUUAAUAUGCUUUGUUUACCAAGUCAAGACACUACUGGGUCCAGUGCUGUAGCUUGGUUUGACGGGAAGAAUCUAAAACAAGUGAUAAGUAGAAGAAUAUAUAUGUUUUAGGCUUUAAGUUAAACUAUAUACCCAUUUAGUUUGUUAUUACACACAUCAAUGUUAUUAAAUUACAGAUUUAACAGGAAAAACGUGAUUUUCGCCAACAGGAUAAAUUCAUUAGCAUUUUAGUUUAUUCACACUAAAAUUUUCACAAAUCUGAGGCUUUAACUUACUGCUAGCUUUUAUUUAUUUUUGAAGCACUCCCCGGACCAUUCUCGUGACUCACGAAUCAGUUAUCGGUUUUUCACAACUAAGGAAAGCCCAUAUUAAUGUAUAAUGACAGUAACAGUUUUGUAUUCAUAGUGCAAUUUAUGUAUGCGUGUUUCAGAAAAUCAGCUUUAUGAAAUCAACUAUAUUCGCAGUUAUGACAGCCAGCAUCUCUGGCCUUAUGUUACUGCAAAGGACGUGGUGCAUUUUGGCUUCUAUUACGCCCAAUUGGCUCCAUGGCGUCACUCAACACCGAAACAUCCAGCUUACUUAUCUGAGAGAAGUGGGGGAGGGGUUUAAUGCUUACCCUCCCGAACACCGACAAAAAUCGCCAUUUUCUCCGAGGGAAGAGGCCUUUGAAUUUUAUUCUCUUGAACAAGUGGUAGUCGACAGAUCGUUUCCGAGGAAAGAGGUAUGUGAGACCUAUCCCCCCGAGCAGCUGCAUGAGUCACCAUCAUCGCCAGGGAAAGAGGCCUUUGAAAAUUAUCCUUCUGAGCAGCUGCAAGAUUCACCAUCAUCUUUGAAGGAAGAGGUCUACGAGACUUGUCCUCUUGAACAGCUGCAAGCAUCAACAUCAUCCUCAAGGGAAAGGGCUGUUGAAGCUUAUCCUUACGAGCAGCUGCAAGACUCACCAUCAUCUUUGAGGGAAGAGGUCUAUGAGACAUAUCCUCCCGAGCUGCAUGAGGCACCAUUAUCUCCAUGGGAAGAGAUUUUUGACACUUAUCCUCCCAAGCAGCUGCAAGAUUCGCGAUCACCUAUGAAGGAAGAGGUCUACGAGACUUGUCCUCUUGAACAGCUGCAAGCAUCAACAUCAUCUCCAAGGGAAAGGGCCUUUGAUGCUUAUCCUCCCGAGCAGCUGCAAGAGUUUCCAUUCCCGUUGAAGGAAGAGGUCUAUGAAACAUAUCCUCCAGAGCAGCUGCAUGAGUCACCAUCAUCUCUGCAGGAAGAGGCCUUUGAGAAUUAUCCUUCUGAAUACCUACAUGUAUCGACAUUAUCUGAGAAGAAUGAGGUCUUUGAGACUUAUUCUAUUGAACCGCUGCAAUCAUCAACAUCAUUUCCGAGGGAAUAUGUGAAUGAGACUCAUCCUUCCGAACAGCUGCAAGUGGUAUCACCACACAAGAGAAACAAGAGUUCUGGUCCCCUUACCUACUAUAAGCUACAACUACCACCGUUUCCUCCACAAGUUCCUUUAAAAGAAGAGCUGUAUGAAACGUUUCCUCCUUUGAAAGCAUUGUCUGCGAAGAAAGAGGUCAUUGAGACUUAUUAUAUUGAACCGCUGCAAUCAUCAACAUCAUUUCCGAGGGAAGAUCUGAAUGAGACUCAUCCUUCCGAACAGCUGCAAGUGGUAUCACCACACAAGAGAAACAAGAUUUCUGGUCCCCUUACCUACUAUAAGCUACAACUACCACCGUUUCCUCCACAACAAGUUCCUUUGAAAGAAGUGGUGUAUGAAACGUUUCCUCCUUUGAAAAAUGAUAUUGACACAACCCCUUCAGAAUAAAGAGGCAUUUUUGCGAUAAA